GUGAAUGGUCCUUUGAGUUUUUAACCUGCAUUUACAUUAGGGGAUUAUACUGUCUUAAGCAAAAGAUGAGUUCCUUGUAUAGACACAGGAGUGGGCCAGUGUAGGGAUUAUGUUCAUAGAUUUAUUUCCCAAAUGAGAAUUGUCUUGAGCGCUACCAUAAUGUGGAUUAAACGGAGCGUUGGGAAAGUGGUGCAAAGGCACUCAUUUCAUGCUGUGUUUAUUUGUGAUGCUGCGGUGGCUUAAGCAUAAUGGAUGCAUUCUAAAGCUUUUAAAAUGCUCUCCAGGGUGUCGGGAAGAGGGAUGAGUGCUGUGUGUAUGCAGUUUGAGUGCCAAGGUGUGCGUUAAAUCCCCCCACGUCCUGGGUGUCGCACAGGAUCUGGGCUGGGUAUAAAAGUCUUGGGUGGAGUGUAGGUAGAGCAUUGCAGAGACUGACAGAGAAGAGAACGCAACUUCUGCCGCCCAGUGUCGAUCUGACAAGAAUGGCAGAUAAGAGCGCCCUCUUGUGGCUGGGGCUGGCUGUGGCACUGGUGUGUCAGGGAUGCUGUCAGCACUGGUCUUACGGCCUGAGACCCGGGGGCAAGAGAGGAGCAGAUAGCCUACAGGACACGCUGCAAGAUAUUAUAGAGGAGCUGCAGAAGCUGGACACCUCCAGUUUGCCGAGCUGCAAUGACCUCUCCCCACAUAUUACACUUUCCAGCCUGAAGGAAAUACUGGCAAAUCUGGCUGACAGAGAAACUGGACGGAAAAAUAUAUAGAAGAUAUUAUGCAUGCAUUCCUUCAAUAAAACAUGACUGUGCCUU